CGUCGCGGCGCGCGCGCAGCGCUCUCAGCUGCCUCAGUCGAGGACUGACCGUCGCGAGUUUCAGCCGAACGAACACAAGCCGCAACCAUGGUGUACGAGAGUGAUUUCUACACGACCCGCCGCCCUUACAGGCCCACCUCAACAUACAGCUCAGUCACGCCGCUGACGUCAACGUACUACCUCUCAACAUUACUACCAUACUACCACGUCCCGUACAUCACAUACAUUCCCAAGUUGUCUCAGGCUGAAUUAAUAUACCGCCCCACGACUCGCAGCGUCACCCGACUCGUCACGUAUCCCGAGCCGCCGCACCACAUCGUCAGAGUGCGUGUUCGUCCAUCCGUCAUCCUCAGGGAGUUGGACCGCAUCAACCAUCGCUCCAGGUCCACCCUCGCAGUCUCGGCUGUCGAUGACUUCUUCAGAUCGGAGUCUACCAAGGCUUUCGAAGAUGAGAGCCGCCGCAUCCGCGCAGACACCGCUGCUCUCUUGCAGCGCGCCCGCUCUGUGGUCCCCCGCGCUGCCUCCGUGCUACCAGCUGACACUAUCUACUCGUAUGGAUAUGGCGAGCCAAUCCCAUACAGAUUCAGCAAUGACGCUUAUAUCGCCAGGCUUCUUGUGCCACUGCGCAGUGUUGCCGGCAACAUCCACAACAUUUCGUUCUACAACGAGCCCGCCAAGAGGUUUACUGGACGCGGACACCUCGCGUGCGUGCACUACUCCGGUAACAAGGCCUUCUCUAGCCGAAGACCUCUCUACAAGGAGCUCAGCAUCAGGGAUGACGUGAACCUACUCUCCUUCUAUGCCAAGAACAGGCUCGCAGCCGCCGGCCUGGCCGUCGAGAAGGCCACAGUGAAACUGCUACCAUGGAGGCCGAGCCGUAAGUUCCAGGCUCCUCAGAUAAUGGAAGAUCCUGCUUUGGAACUGAAAGCUGCGAAAGCCGAAAGGGAGGCGAGAUUCCGUGCUACAACUGCGGAACCAGUUCUGACUCCGUCUGUAGACCUGGCGGAAAUCAAGAGGAAAGCGCGAACAGAAGCCCACAUCGCUGAAGAAAAGGCACUGAAAGAUGAAGCAAAGAACGACGCUGCUCGCAAAGAAAGGGAACAAGCUGAAAAGCGGAAGGCAGAAAAAGAGAAGGAAGACGCCCGCAAAGCUGAAGAGGCAAAGCGCAGAGCCGAAGAAGAAGCAAGACAAGCUGAGGAAGAAGCCCGUAAGGCUGAAGAGGCUCGCCUUGCAGAGGAGGCCCGCCUAGCUGAAGAAGCAAGAUUAGCUGAGAAACAGAAAGCUGAAGAAGAAAGGCUUGCAGAAGAAGCAAGACUUGCAGAAGAGGCGAGACUAGCGGAAGAAGCAAAACUGGCGGAAGAAGCUAGGUUGGCAGAGGAAGCAAGGUUAGCCGAAGAAGCCAAAUUAGCCGAAGAAGCAAGAUUAGCAGAAGAGGCCAGAUUGGCGGAAGAGGCGAGGUUAGCGGAAGAAGCUAGAUUAGAAGAGGAGAGGCAAGCAGAACAAAGGAGACAAGAGGAACUCGCACGUUUGGAAGAGUUGGAGAAGCAGGCACAGGAAGAGCGAGAGGCAGAACUUGCACGACAGGCUGCUGAACUAGCGGAGAUUGCAAGACAAGAAUCUGAACUUGCAGCAGCUCGUUUAGAAGAGUUGUCCAAGAGUGAAUCUGCUGGAGACAAUGAGGCUUUUACUGAUGCUGUAGAAAGUGAACCAGCUCAAGCAGAAGCAGAAACGGAACCAGAACCCAUCGUAGAAGAGCCAGCCAGUCCCGAAGUCGUUCCUGAAGCGGCCGCAGACGCCGCUGACGUCAGCGAAGACGAGCAGGCGGAACCUGACGUCACUGACGAAGAAUAAUUACUUGAACUUACUGCAUUUUCUCUAAUAGUGUGAAUGUAUCUUGAUGCCGGAGCACUUGUACUUGUAGCACGAAACCUCGAUAUUAAACUACGCUGUGUUAGAUUGCCAAUUUUGUAAGGUUCGAAUUUUGAAAAUAGGAACAACGUUUCAUUGAGGGUUAGCUCAGUAUGAUUUUACAUAUUAAUAAUCGAUUUCUAAACGAAACUUGCUAAUGUGUAGGUAGUACAGAUAAUAUUUCAUUUGAUGAAGUGCCCAUCGUGUACUGCUACUUCUGUUUAAGGAAAUUUCCAUAAAGCCUAAAAGGGCAGGAAAAAUAGCUCGACGCAGGUUUAAAAAAAAAUGAUUCCGAAUCUUAAAAACUGCAAUUUAAAUAAGCAUUUAAUGUGGAGGUUGUUGUAAGUGUUAAAUCAUUAUUGUUAUACAAAUAGAGAUUUUGAUACAUUGUUUGUUUGGUGAAACCAAUUUUAAUUCUAAAGUAACGCUAAGCAUUAUUCAUGUUCUCUUUUACUUGAAUAGUGUAAUAGCACAAUACAUCUCUUGGUUUUUUUUUCUAACGUCUUUCUGCACGUAAUAUAAUUACGAAAAUAAGAAAGCACUUCCUUCCCUCGUAUGACGAUGUACUACCACCGUAACAAUGUAAAAAAUAAACUAAAAAAAAAUAAAUGUUAGUGUUAAGUGUUUUAUAAUGUUAUAUUUUGUUAAAUUUUAACAAUAAAAGACAGAUUAACA